AUGGGUGUAAUAAUACAGCGUAUCUUCUUGGAAGAAGAUAAGGAUAAAGAAGAAAGUAUUUUUUUGACCAUUUUAGAAAAUCCAAGUUUGGCAAGAUUAAACAUAAUAAAUACUUGUCUAAACAAGCAAGGACUUGACUCAAUGAUGUCCACAUUAUGCUGUGAUAUUAUUCAAACAUUAUUUGCAACAUAUGCAUAUGAAUUAUCAGACUUGGCAGAAUAUUUUGGAUCUGCAGCCAGAGCAAUAAUUAAUCCUAAAACAGAAUCUUUGCAAAAAAUAACAGCAAUUGCUUUACUUAAAGAAUUUGUCAUAAAAUUCUGGGAUGAAUGUAUUCAAGAGCAAAGCUGUUCCCAACCAAUAAAACUCGAAUCAAUGGAUGUGGAUUUUGAAGGUUUAAUUAAUGAAAUCAACAAUUUUAUGAGCAUGCCACUUGAAUUAAUUUACUCGUUAAAAAUAUAUUUUAUAAGAGUUUUGCGUAAAAGACACAAUUUUUCACUUAAUGACGUAAAAAUUUUUUGUAAUAGACAAAGUAACACACUUCCAUGGCUUGCAAGUAUUCCAUGGGAAGACAAAUCUCAAUCUAGACUCUCAUUUAAUCCUUACUGGGUUUUAGAUGUGUAUUCAGAAGCUGAGAAUGGAUUUUCCAAUUGCUUUUUAUUUAAAAAUAAAGCCCCAAUUAGAACCUUCCUGCAAUCUUUAUCAAAAAAUAAAUCAAUAGAACAUAGAAUUGCAUUUGGUGGAUUACUUAUACAUCGCAUGCAUUUAGUUCGUGCCUCAGAAGAAUGGAAUUCUGAAUAUGAAAAUAUUAGUAAGGAUUUUAUGACUGAAAUCAAUGGAAUGAACACGCUUUCACCACCAUAUCAAAAUAUUAUUGGAAAUAUUCUAGAAAAUAAACAACCGUUUCUUCAAUUAAACACCAAUGUAACAUAUGAACAUUUACUGAUUAAAUCAGUGAUUGGACAUAUUGUAAUACUGCAUUCAUCAAUUCCUGCAGACUCAUCACCAUUAACUGUAUAUUUAAAUAGUUUAGAAAAUUGCCAUGCACAUUUUCUUUUAACAUUACCAACUGAUAAUGUAUCAGUUAUCAUGAAUGCUAUAACAUCUAAAGAGAAAAUAACAAGCACAUGCCCACAAUGUAAAAACGCAAUUGGAGGAGAACGUUAUGAAAUAGCUCCUGGGAAUCAAAAAUUGGAUGUAAAUCCAAUCAUAAAUGCGACGAUUGUGAAUCAACCUGGUUAUGUUGAAGAUCAGAUUGAGACUGGAAUUGGUCAUACUGUUCGUUCCAUGCAACCAAAUGCAUAUCGUAUUUUACAUUUAAUGGUUCAUGCUUUGAUUGGAUCUUCAAAUAAUGCUAAAAACUUCUUAAAAAAGAUUACAAACAAUGUUGAAGAAUAUUGUUUUCGACAUAUAGAAAAUGAUUGGAAUGUACUUAAAAAAAUUUUUAAUUGUAAUGAUGAAAACUUAGCAUUAUUAUUACAUUUGAUUCUUACAGAAUUGACAAAAAAAAUUCCUGAUGGCGCGUCAUUAAUUAAAACUCCUGCUCAACGGGAUGAAUGGGAAAUGCAAUUUAGCAAAAAUUAUGUUGAGCCGUCAACAAAGAUUUUCAAUAAAUCAAUUGCAAAUUUUUAUAGAGAAUUAAAUGAAGCUUCAAAAAAAGCAAAUGGAAAUGAUAGUUUAAUCGAAUCUGAAAUUAACCAGACCAUAGAAAUGGAUAAAAAUUAUAUGAUGAAGCAUUUACCAAGACUUUGGAGAACAAUAGGAACAAUAAAUUUUGAAAGUUUCAGAGCCUAUUACUUUGCUGACCAAUUCAAGAACAGUAAAACAUAUCCAGUUCUUUUUGUGUUUUUUAAACAUUCUGAGAAAUUAACACAGAUUAAACAUCUUUUCUCCAUUAUUAAAUUUGUUGAGAUAAUGACAUCAAGGCUUGAGUAUAGAAUCAGUAGGCAAAAGGCUCGGGAAAUGACAUUCAGGAAUUUUAUAAAUAAUGAAUCAAAUGGAGGAGUAAUUCAAGAGACAUAUAAAAUGUUGGAAGAUGCAUUUAAUGAAUUUUCAUUAGCAUGGAAUGCAGUGAGCGAACAAGUUAAGAUAUAUCGGUGUGAAGAAUUUAAAAGUGGCAUACCUAAAAUAAAUUUAGAUUGUCCCAUUGUUUUUGGAUUAGUUGAAGAAAAGGAUACAGGAAUAUAUAUAUGUGCAAUUAUAAAUUAUCUUGUGAGAUUACAAAAUGAUUUCUUGCAAGAAAUAAUGGUAACCCCAAGUGAAUCAUUAAAAUUUUUAGAAGAACCAUCAUCUCAAGUCAAUGUUAAAUCAACAUUAUCUCAAUCAAACGAUCAUAAUAAUCCGCUAACAACUAAUCGAAAUUGUGUGCAAUCAUUGAGAAUAAAUCUAAAUCUUGAUAUUGGUUAUGGAGAUGAUGUUAUAUAUGAUUUACAAAAAAUUGAGCUUGAACUUGCACGUUGGCUGAUAUUUGGUAAAGCAUAUAUUGAAACUAUACCAAACUCACAUUUAUAUUUGGAACCUUUUUCAUAUCAUAUGGAGUUGUUCCAGGGGUCUAUGAGAAUUCUUGGUGAAAUCAAAAAUAUAAUUCCACAAGAACCCAUUCCUAUUGAAAAGAUAUCAUUGAUUAAGGAGGAAGCAGAGCACUUGAAUAAAAUUUCAUUUACAUCAUCACGACGUGUUUUGGACGAUCCAAGUGAUAUUUUAUCAUCACUGGAAGUGCUUUUAUGUUUUGUUAAACUCAAUGCAGUAGGACAGGGGGACAUGUUAAUACAAAAUUAUGUAACACAAUGGGUUAAAUUAUCACCAUUGAUAAUGAAACCUGGAUUUGCAAAGGUGUUAAAUGCAGGUCUAACCUUAAAACAUAUAGUGGCAUUGUAUGAAUUUGUAGAGGAACAAGAUCCAAACACCAAAAAAACAAGAAGACAUAAACAAAGAAUGAUUUUAAAUGAAGCAAAGAAAUUUGAUAAUUGUUGA